UUGGACUACCAGCGAUAAAAGCGACGACUGAGUGAUGAUCGACGCCUGUCAUGCCGAUACCUGACUGAGACGCGUCUUACACAGAAGGGUUCCGCUAGCCUCAAAUUUUCAUUAUCAAACAACAACAUGCCUCAGUAUCUCGUAAGGCUUGCGCAAGCACACGAGACUUUCCGGAAAGUCGAACUGCAAGCGCUAGCCGAUAUUGCAGGAGUGCCUCUACAGUUUGUAAAAUAUGAAGAAGAUUCACCCUACUGCAUUGUCGAUCUGCCGUCAGACGCUGCGGCACGAAGAGUCAUCGCACGGAGCAUCCUAGCACAGGGCAUAUACGAGCUAUGGGGCCAAGGAUCAACAUACGACGCCCUUCACGACUCCGUCCGCAGUCUGACCACGUCCUGGUGGCCCCAGUACAUUACCGCAUCUUUCCGCUUUACGAUAGAAGGCUAUCGAGGGAGUAGAUCGAAUGAUGAACAGCGCGACAUCAUUGACAGCUUCUCGUACAUGGCUUUCAAAGGGACACCACAGAUGCGAAACCCAGAUGUCGCGUUCCGUGUCUUCGAAGAUUACGAUCUUAAUUGUAAAACCCCAAAGUACCUUUACUUUGGCCGCUUUAUUGCCGAAUCAUGUCGCAAUGAAGCCAAGAAGACGUUUGAUCUCAAGAAAAGGCAUUACAUCAGCACUACAUCCAUGGACGCCGAGCUUACACUGUUGACGGCUAAUAUCGCACACGUGUCACCCGGGAAGUUGUUUUACGACCCUUUUAUGGGCACGGGCGGCUUCCCGAUAGCAUGCGCUCACUUCGGAGCAGUGGUGUUUGGAAGUGACAUCGACGGCCGCACCAUCCGCGGCCUUGGAGGAAGCGCAAGGAGGGGACAGACUGGAAAAUAUGACGUGGUCGGCAACUUCAAGCAGUAUGAUAUGGAGUCGAGUUAUCUGGGCGCGUUCGUUUCUGAUCUGACAAACACACCACUGAGAAUACCGCCACCUGAGAAAGGCAUUACGACAGGCUAUCUCGAUGGUAUCGUCUGUGACCCACCUUACGGUAUCCGAGAAGGACUCAAGGUUCUGGGAUCCCGGCAAGCGCUUCUUGACGUCGAGAGGCAAUCUCACCAAGACCAGUUCAAGGAGCCCGGAUACAUACCCCCGAAGCGGCCUUACUCCUUCACCGCGCUGCUCGAUGACAUACUAGCCUUUGCAGUCGCUACGCUAGUGGAAGAUGGUCGAAUCAGCAUGUGGAUGCCAACUGCGAAUGACGAGGACAUCGAGCUGAUUAUACCGUCACAUCCCUGUCUCGAACUGACAUCAGUCUGCGUCCAAGCCUUCAACAAGUGGUCACGCAGACUACUGACGUAUCGACGGCGCCGUGAUUCGGAGGUGCCUGAGGGUGCGCUUGAGAUGGCUAAGAAAGAGUAUGAGAAAGGCACCAGGGCAAGUGAGUUGAACGACUUCCGAAGAAAAUAUUUCCAGGGGUUCAAAGAGUUUGAGAGUAUGAAGAAGGAGUUUGUUAGGAUGAAGGUGGAGUCUAAAAGCAGUGGAGAGGCGCCUAGUACUGCAGAGGCGGCUAAUGCUGUGAAGGAGGAUGAUACCAAAACAUAGAUACUGUGUGCCUUAGCUGCACACUCAAAAGCCAUCAUGACUAGAUUUGCUCCAACAUGAACGUAUGAUAACC